AUGCUUCGCGGAUGUCUCUUGAGCAUCAUUUAUACAACAUGUUUAGAUCUUUGCUUUGCAGAAGGUGCAGGUUCAUUUGAAUGCCCGUGCAUCAGCAGCCGCUCAGCGGGAUUCGCAUCAUUGCAGCAGCAGCUGAUUGCGCGUGGCAUGGAACGAGAUUACGGGACCCAAGGUUGUAGAGCCUAUGACGAUGCAGACAGCGCAUCUCCCUGCGGAACGGGGGAGGGAGGUGAGUGCCAGUCAUCAUGGUGCUAUGUGGACAUGGAUGCUUGCCUACAAAAUGAGACAGCCUGUGUGGCUGCUGGUGGCGUGCUUGGAAGCUACGAUUCAGAACACUGCCGCACAAGACUGACUAUGGCAAGCACCCUGAAUUUGUCUGCAUUCUUCAGUUAUGAGACCUGUGGCUAUGUGAACACCUACAACGACAGCACCAAGCUCUUUGAAACUGUGGCGGGCAGUUUUUUGCAAGCCACUUUCGCUCCAUACCAGCCUUGGGUAAUCAAGAAUGAGGACAAUCAAUACGGCGUUGAUGGCGUCUACAUGGACUUCUUGUUGAAGGUUUUGGGCCUCCCAGCUUUGGGGAUGCAGUUGAAUGUCACUCCCGGGUUUGCAACGCAACAGUCCCGAGUCAGGUUUCCAGAAAGCAGCUACACUGCAUGCGUGCACGAUGUCGCCUUAGGGACCUACGAUUUUUGUCUCGCUGACAUGUGGGUCACUCCUGAGAGAGCAAGGAUGACGCCCUUCUUGCCAUCGCUUCGAGAAGAUUAUUUCUACUUCGUGAUGCGGGUCAAGCAGAAGGAGGUAACAUUUUGGGAUCGACUGGGGCGGCCAUUCCUUCCCUUUAGCGCGGGUGCUUGGGCGCUGGUGGGCCUAUUCUUGAUCGUUUUGGCCUUGACUCUGUGGGUCGCGGGCGCCGAGUUAAAUUUGGCGCAAGAGGCCCAAGACCAUUGGUACGAGUAUCAGUGGUACACCAGACUGGGCUUUAUCGCGGCCACCAUCAUCACUGACUUUUUGUUGGGCGAACUCACGACGAGGCGUCCACACCGCAAACAAUCACUCGAAUGGCCUUUCCGAGUGUUCAGUUUAGCAUUCAGUUUCUUCAUGUUGGUGACGAUUUCGAGCUACACGGCUUCUUUGGCAUCUUUGUUGGUCAUUGAAAACCAGAACAAUAAUGAAUUCAACAACAUUGAAGAAGCUAUUGCCAAGCACACGAGAAUUUGCAUGCCAACGACGUUGAAGAGCACCUUCCUCAAAUUGUAUCCCCGUGGGUUGUUCAUUGGUGUAGACGAUGAACUGGACAUGCCACGGACAUUGUACAGUGGAGGCUGCAGGGCUAUGGUCAUGUCCUUGACGAUUUUGCAACAAGUUCAUGGAGGCAAAGUAAAAGAAAGGGAUUGCAACACCAAUUUCACCAAUGAAACAAUGGUCAUUGGCUUUGCUUCCUCAGCUGUUUCAGGUGCAACAGAGAACCAUUGCAAAUUUGACAUUGAAGGAAAUGACCGCAAUGAUUGCGAAUUGAUCCGUGCGGGCGACAUUUUGUACACUGCCCCACUGUCCUUUCCAGUUCAAGGCAGGCUUCUACACAGCCUCUCGUGGGGAGUGGCUGCGGAGACUUCCAAAGGAAGUUUUCAGGUGGCAAAGCGAAACAAUUCAGUGGACUAUGAAUCCUGUGAUGGCUUGACGGAUUCUGGCGAAGUUAAGUUGCGAGAAGAAGGGGGCCUGACGUUCGAAGAGCUCUCUGGGACCAUUGUGAUUGCCAUCCUCAUUGCCGCAGCUGGUUGUGCGCAAAAGCUCUACCAGGAGCUUGUCAGGACCUUUGAGAGAAUUCGCAAAUCAAGUGCCAGGACAGGUACCAGCGGCAUUCAAAGCGAACAAGUUCAACACACUACCUCUCAAGAUGUUCUCAUUGGCAAACAGCACAGUUUGCGCAGUGAAAAGGAACUUCGUGGAGAUGACCAGGCGUGA